UUUUCUAAUGCAUCUAAAUUGACUGAGAUAGCGAAGAGACUGAAUGCCAUAAUAGCACAGAUCCUGCCUUUUCUGUCGCAGGAGCACCAGCAGCAGGUAGCGACAGCCGUUGAGCGUGCGAAACAAGUCACCAUGACAGAGCUGAACGCCAUAAUCGGGCAACAAAGGCCCGACCUGCCCCGUCUUUUACAACAAAUGCACGCGCAACAGCUUCCAACCCAUGCGGCACCCCCUAUUCCGAUGAUGCCCCAUCCAAGUUUAGCGGGUGGUCCACCCAGUACUGCUGCUAGUUUAUUAGGGUUGUCGGGGGCACUCGGAGGACCUGGUCAACACCCUCUUUCCAUGUUGGCUGCCAAACCCGACCUACAUCGACCUGACGACGUCAAAUCCAACAGCGCAGAAGAACGACACAGAAGUUCGAUAUCUCCCGCAGAACGUGAAAAAUAUCGAACACGGACACCUCCCGAACCGGAACAUAAAAAAGUGAAAAAAGAAGAAAAAGACUUAGGCCACGUAAGUAUUAAAUUUUAUAGUUUGAAGAAAAUCGCGACUUCCUCCCAACGAAAUAGACCCAGUUGUUUCGAAGAUUAUCCCUCACUGACAAUGAGACAGUCGGGAUCGGUUGCUGGAGCAAGUGGACUUAAACCUGUCGUUAAACCCCCAGCCCUCGGACAGUAUCCGCCAUAUUUAGCUGGAAUGGCAAAUGGUGGACCCCAUGAUCUCCAAGCGGCCGCUGCAGCGGCAGCUGCUGCCGGACCCUACGGCCCCUUGCAUAAUAACCUUCCGCCCACGUUGAACAAUUAUCCACGACCCCCUCUUCAAGUGGGCUACGACCCUCAUUCGCAAAUGCGUGCACCUGUUGUACCUGGUCUAGCAGGAAUUCCCGGUGGAAAACCGGCAUACUCAUUCCAUGUAAGUGCCGAUGGUCAAAUGCAACCAGUGCCAUUUCCUCCAGACGCCUUGAUCGGUCCAGGAAUACCAAGACAUGCCCGUCAAAUUAACACCCUGAGCCAUGGGGAAGUUGUAUGUGCUGUCACGAUCUCAAAUCCCACUAAAUAUGUUUACACUGGGGGGAAGGGGUGUGUUAAAGUGUGGGACAUCAGUCAACCAGGGUCAAAAAGUGCUGUUUCGCAGCUAGAUUGCUUGCAAAGAGACAACUAUAUUCGAUCGGUGAAGUUGCUUCCUGAUGGGAGGACCCUUAUAGUUGGGGGUGAGGCAAGUAAUUUAUCGAUAUGGGACCUGGCGAGUCCCACGCCUCGUAUCAAAGCUGAGUUAACAUCAAGUGCUCCUGCUUGCUAUGCAUUGGCCAUCAGUCCCGAUUCGAAAGUGUGCUUUAGUUGUUGUUCAGACGGGAACAUAGCCGUUUGGGACCUCCACAAUCAGACUCUAGUGCGACAGUUCCAAGGACAUACCGAUGGAGCCUCGUGCAUUGAUAUAUCAGCGGAUGGUACCAAACUUUGGACCGGUGGUCUGGACAACACCGUGAGAAGUUGGGACCUUAGGGAAGGAAGACAAUUACAACAGCACGACUUCAGUUCCCAGAUCUUUUCUUUGGGCUAUUGUCCUACAGGAGAGUGGUUAGCAGUUGGAAUGGAAAAUUCGAACGUUGAAGUGCUUCAUGCAGCAAAACCAGACAAGUAUCAGCUGCACUUGCACGAAAGUUGUGUCCUGAGUCUUCGGUUUGCUGCGUGUGGCAAAUGGUUUGUUUCAACGGGUAAAGACAAUCUCCUUAAUGCCUGGAGAACACCUUAUGGGGCAAGCAUAUUCCAGUCAAAAGAAUCUUCGAGUGUACUCAGUUGUGACAUCUCGGCAGACGAUAAGUACAUUGUGACGGGGUCGGGAGACAAAAAGGCGACAGUUUAUGAAGUGAUGUACUAACGAAAGUAGGUACAUGCAGAGAACGCCAGAAAGAACACCCACAAACAAGAUAGAAGAGGAGAAUUGUAGAUCGAAUUACAAUUUGGUAUUAAUAGGAUUAGAAAGACAUGAAAACAAAUAUCGGCUUAUUAUGGGUAAAACGAUGAAUUAAAUAGUACAUACAUAUUUAUUAAGUUAUAUAAAAUGUUGUGAUAAUAAGUGUAAUAACUAUAAUAAUAAUAAUAAAACAAAGACUCUGGUAAUGCAAAUGCAUUUGCUGUUGCAAAAGGGCUAAAAGAAUUUUUUUCUUUUGAUUCUCAAAGAAGAAAAAGAAAAAAUUAGUUUGAUGACUAAUGACGAUAAUGAUGUCGAUGAUAUGAAGAAGAAAAGAAAAAGGUUUUUACUUUUUCAGUGAUCUCCAUGACAUGUAAAAUACUUAAUGAUGUUUUAGUUUUAGAAUUUAAUUAACAACUANACA